CCGCCCAGCUGGGCGGCAACUCGGGGCGGAGUCCGCGGUGGGAGGAUGUGAUUUCACAGCCCGGGAUUGCGGUCGGACAGGCGGCCAGAGUCUAGGGGCGGUAAAGUGUAGGCCUGCAACCCACCUGAAAGGAAAGGCAUCGCUGGGGACGCAUUGAGAGUAUGAGGCUCUCACCUCCACUGGCCACUCACUCGUGACCCUUCCACCACGGCGGAACCUUCCAAGCCCACCUCCUGCCGUGUGGUCAUCUACCUGAAGCGGGAGAUGUCGGGGGACACCUGUCUGUGCCCAGCCUCAGGGGCCAAGCCCAAGCUCAGCGGCUUCAAGGGAGGAAGCCUGGGCAACAAAUACGUCCAGCUCAAUGUGGGUGGUUCCCUGUAUUACACCACUGUGCGGGCGCUAACCCGGCACGACACCAUGCUCAAGGCCAUGUUCAGCGGGCGCAUGGAGGUGCUGACUGACAAAGAAGGCUGGAUCCUCAUAGACCGGUGUGGAAAGCACUUCGGCACCAUUUUGAAUUACCUCCGUGAUGACACCAUCACCCUCCCUCAGAGCCGUCAAGAAAUCAAGGAAUUGAUGGCUGAAGCGAAAUAUUACCUCAUUCAGGGGCUGGUGAACAUGUGCCAGACCGCCUUGCAGGACAAGAAGGACUCCUACCAGCCUGUGUGCAACAUCCCCGUCAUUACAUCCCUGAAGGAGGAGGAGAGGCUCAUCGAAUCUUCCACCAAGCCGGUGGUGAAGCUGCUGUACAACAGAAGCAACAACAAGUAUUCCUACACCAGCAACUCCGAUGACCACCUCCUGAAAAACAUCGAGCUGUUUGACAAGCUCUCCCUGCGCUUCAACGGUCGUGUGCUCUUCAUCAAGGACGUCAUCGGCGAUGAGAUCUGCUGCUGGUCGUUCUACGGCCAGGGUCGGAAGCUGGCAGAGGUGUGCUGCACCUCCAUUGUGUAUGCCACAGAGAAGAAGCAGACCAAGGUGGAAUUUCCAGAGGCCCGAAUCUAUGAGGAGACACUGAACGUCUUACUCUAUGAGACCCCCCGAGUCCCUGACAACUCCCUGUUAGAGGCCACAAGCCGUAGCCGCAGGCAGGCAUCCCCCAGUGAAGACGAGGAGACCUUUGAACUGCGGGACCGUGUCCGCCGCAUCCACGUCAAGCGCUACAGCACUUACGAUGACCGGCAGCUCGGCCACCAGUCUGCCCAUCGCGACUGACAAGACCCUCAGGGAGUCAGGGCAUGGGACACCCUACCUCCCUCCUGUGGAACCCUGCCCCAUUGGCCACCCCACACUGCUGCUGGCUGGGUCUCUGCUCCAGCGCCCACAGGCAUGACAGGCCCUGCCUGGGGGCCAGAGGGCUGAGUAGGGCAGGGACCCCGGCCCUCCGUCCUGCUCCCUGAGCACUUCAGGAUGACUGAGUCCUGGCCCCUUUGCUCAGUGACUCCCUGCCUGCCUGACAAGGAGCUGCUUCUGCCCCUGGGGUGAGUGGAUCAGUCCGCCCACCUCCUGCUGGGAAGAGCCCCCCCCCUCCCCCGCCCUUUGCUGCAUGCCCCUCUGCUCUACUGAAGGGCUACUUUAGGCCUCAGCUGGGGGCCACGGGGGAUGGGGUCAUUCUGUGGAGAAGGGGGCUGCCGGUGCUGUGGAGGCCCAGUUUCUUAGAACCCGGGGCUCCUCUUUUCCUAAGGUGUUGAAGCACAGGCUUGAUGUUUGUUUUUUUAACUAUCUAGGAAAUGAAUAGUUACAGGUUUAGUACUGAGGGGCCUGGGUACUCCUGCUACCCCUCCAGGAUGCCAAGACUUUAAAGCACUUUGUACAUUUGUUCAGGAGAGUUGUAUUUCUCCCUGACCCAUGUUUUAUUUUCCUGACCCUAAUCCCCUCAUCUCUGCAGAAUCAAUCUGAGGGAGGGGAUAGAAGAAGCAAUAAAAACACUGACCAGUUUCGGCUUUGCCAGGAGGCUGGCCAGGCAGGUGCCCAGAGCGCUGAAGGAUGUGGAAGUUGGGACCAUGGUCCUAAUAUCACUCCUGUGAGAAAGGACAUUUUACCCCAACCUCUUAGGGUCACAUAACUGACUCUGAUUCUCUUGCCCCCAGCUCCAAGGCAUGCUGCCCUUACUGGAAAGCCAAAGAGCCAUUUAGGGGGCAGGAGCAUGCGCCACAGCAGGAAGGCUGUGGAGCCCAUGGGCACUGGGCACAGUGCCCUGCAUUCUCAGCAGCCCCGUGCAGAGGUGACGUGCUUGGCCACAUACCCUCCCGCUCCCCACGCGUGCUGUCAGGUUUGUGUCCUUGCUGGGGAUGGUGGUUCUUUCCAGGGUGAGUUUCUAAACACAGGAUACUGUAAGCAGCCUAAGCCCCUUGAAAGGUUUCUUCAUUUCUUUCCUGUUGGAUAACUUGGCCAUGGCAAUGCCAAGCACCAGCUCUUGGGCAAGGAUGCGAGUUCCUCUUCAGGUCUUUGGUGUUCGUUCCCUUCUGUUUGGCUUGGCCCUUGGGAGGCUGCUUAUCUGAAUUCUUUUCCAAAGGAACGCCAUUGGGAAGGGAAUGUUCAGCCAGUCUAACAAAUAACAGGGCAGCACAGCCACUUAGCAGUGCUCGCUCACUCAGCAAAGGACACAGGUUAUCAAGGUCAUCUCUCAACUACUCUUACAGUAAGCCCCUACGUGGCUAUUCAUGGCUGACUCCACAGUCCAUGGGCAGAUGCCAGGCCAGGGUUAAUAUACACUCAACAAGGACCUGAAAUGACAUGAUGGGGUAAGAGAAAUGUGACUCUAAUCAGGUAUUUUACAUUUGUCACAGUCUUGAAUGUAUAAGGAGUUGCAGGUGAGGUGCCCUGGUGAGCAGCUAUGAACAGUUCUUCCCGCAUUCAGUGGAGUAACACGAUGAAGACAAAUCCAUUUCCUUGGCCAGAUUCUGGCUUUGGCUUUGUGCCUCUCACAGAGUCUGGAAUAGUCCCAAGACCAAUGGCCUAUUUCCUCAGCUGCCCUCCUGAAGCCCUUUAACACUCAAAGUCCCAGCGCCCCACUGAAGUAUUUUAAUGGUUAACCUUUGACCUUCACAACCCCUGUAGCCUCUUUACAGCUUUGACAUUCAGAUCCUCUGCUGUCUGUGACUAGCCUUUCUCAGAAAGCACAAUAGUCUGGGACUCUAGACACUUUCUCUGAUGGAAAACAUCUUCCUCUUAAAAAAAAUACUAACAUUGAGCUCAUUGAAAUAAUCUUUUUAAAUCAGACUUUGUGGUGUAAGGGCUUGGAGAAUGAGUUUCCCAGCCCCAUUCGAAAAGCAACUCUUGGUUGUAUGAAUUUUUCAACUCUAGCAGCCCAGGGAAAAAGUAAACAAAAAGUGUGGAUGAAGGUCAAACCUCAUCAGUGUCUCAGAAAACUGGAAGCCUGCUAUUAAGGACAUGUACCAGUGUUGGGUUUUAUUCAGUUUGUUAUCCAAUCAAGGUCUGCCUAAAGGAUGGCACAGGUGCUGGCAUGAGAGAACUUCUUUAGCUCAAAUUCUUUGUUGUUCAGCAUAGGUGAUGGAAACACUAAUUUCUAA